CCAGGAUAUUAGGGGGUAGAAAUAGUAAGCAGUCUGACGACUUGUAUUAGGGGGUAAAACAAUUAAUAAAAAAGUGACAUGACAGGAAUAGGUGAAGCCAAAACAUGGAGUCUGCGGGACUGAGCAGAAUCAUGGAAAUGUGACAGUGAGGGAAGGGGAGGGAUAAAGAAAAGAGAGACAGAGAGAGGAAGGAAGGGGAGGGAAGAGAAGCUUGUGGCAGGCUGCUGUCACUUCCAGUGCAGCAGAGACUAGAGGCAGGGAUACUCACAUAUACAAAUACACAGGCUACUCACAUCUGUGCACAAGCCUGGGCAGUGGGGCACCUGCAUGUCCCCUCCCCAUUAUAAGGGGCAGAUCUGCUAGCAAUAUUCGAUGGAUGCAUUAAAAACAAAGAACUGUCGUGGAUUAUUGGCUGAUUUUUAACACCCUUUUAAUCUACCUGCAUUUAUUUCAUCUGUAUUGCCUUUUAUUUUUUUGCUGACUGGAUGAUAGCAAUCAUUUUUAUCUGGACAACGCGAUAAAUUCAAGCUUUUUUUCCCUCCUCCACCUUCCUAUCUGUUCCUCCUAUCCAUACACCGCCUCUAGCUCUCCAGAUCACCUGCAAGCCCCCCUUCUCCUCCCCCAGCCCUUGGGGCCAGGACGAUCCUUGAGUGAGGGUUGCCCAUCGGGCAGAGGAAGGGGUUAAAAAAAAAGCAAAAGAAAGAGAGGUAGGAGGAAGAGAGGGGACGGAAAGGUGGGGGGUGAGAGAAGAGAGGGAUCUGGGGGAGGAGGUGGAGGAGAAGGUGGUGGAAGAAGAGGCAGAGAAGGGAAGCGGUGACCAUGAAGAAAUUUAACAUCAGGAAGGUGCUGGACGGCCUGACCGCCGCCUCCUCCUCCUCUUCAUCGUCUUCUUCAUCCCAGCCUGGGAACAGGGAGGUGGAUAUCCCGGAGACCCUACAGUCCGAGCACUUCCAGCUCUGCAAGACGGUUCGUCAUGGAUUCCCUUUCGAGCCAUCCUCCUUGGCCUUUGAUACAGUGCAGAAGAUUCUUGCAAUCGGAACCCAGACCGGAGCUCUGAGGCUAUUUGGGCGGCCAGGAGUUGAAUGCUAUUGCCAGCAUGACAGUGGAGCUGCGGUAAUCCAGCUUCAGUUCCUGAUUAAUGAGGGAGCUCUUGUGAGUGCCUUGGCCGAUGACACUUUACACCUAUGGAACUUGAGACAAAAACGACCUGCCAUAUUGCAUUCACUGAAAUUCAGCAGAGAAAGGAUAACAUUCUGUCACCUGCCUUUCCAGAGCAAAUGGCUCUACGUGGGCACCGAAAGAGGAAAUAUUCACAUUGUAAACGUGGAGUCCUUCACGCUCUCAGGCUACGUCAUCAUGUGGAAUAAAGCCAUUGAACUGUCAUCCAAAUCCCACCCAGGACCAGUUGUACAUAUCAGCGAUAACCCAAUGGAUGAAGGCAAGCUUUUAAUUGGAUAUGAGUCUGGGAUAGUAGUACUUUGGGACCUCAAAUCAAAGAAAGCAGACUAUCGAUACACCCAUGAUGAGGCUAUCCAUUCUGUGGCUUGGCACCAUGAAGGAAAACAGUUCAUCUGCAGCCAUUCAGAUGGCACCUUGACCAUUUGGAAUGUAAGAUCUCCCGCCAAGGCUAUACAGACAAUCGUACCCCAUGGUAAACAGAUAAAGGAUGGGAAAAAGCCAGAACCGUGCAAACCUAUUCUCAAAGUAGAAUACAAGACAACACGUUAUGGGGAGCCUUUUAUCAUCUUAUCUGGUGGUUUGUCAUAUGACACUGUUGGAAGGAGACCUUGCUUAACCGUCAUGCAUGGGAAAAGCACUGCUGUUUUAGAAAUGGAUUAUUCUAUUGUGGAUUUUCUAACCCUUUGUGAAACCCCAUACUCUAAUGAUUUCCAAGACCCCUAUGCGGUGGUUGUUCUCCUAGAAAAGGAUUUAGUUGUUAUAGACCUUGCACAAAAUGGAUAUCCAAUAUUUGAAAACCCCUACCCUUUGAGUAUACAUGAAUCUCCUGUCACAUGUUGUGAAUAUUUCGCUGACUGCCCUGUGGAUCUUAUCCCUGCACUUUACUCGGUUGGGGCAAGACAAAAGCGACAAGGUUACAGUAAAAAGGAAUGGCCCAUCGGCGGUGGUAACUGGGGCAUAGGCACACAAAGCUAUCCUGAAAUUAUUAUAACCGGCCAUGCGGAUGGGUCCAUCAAAUUUUGGGAUGCCUCAGCAAUAACAUUGCAAGUGCUUUACAAGUUAAAGACUGCAAAGGUUUUUGAAAAAUCUCGAAAUAAAGAAGAUAAGCCAAGCACGGAUAUUGUAGAUGAAGAUCCCUAUGCUAUCCAGAUGAUCUCAUGGUGCCCAGAAAGCAGGAUUCUGUGUGUGGCAGGUGUUUCGGCACACGUCAUCAUCUAUAGGUUCAGCAAACAGGAAGUUACCACAGAUGUCAUCUCGAUGGUUGAAGUCCGGUUACUAUAUGAAAUAAAUGAUCUAGAGUCCCCGGAUAUUGAACAGUUGCCAACCCCAAGUGGUGGUCCCAACUCUCAACCCCUUGUUCUUCAAUCUCAUCCGUCCACAAGCAGCAGUUCUUCUGAUGGAAUACGGGAUAAUGUACCUUGUUUAAGGGUAAAAAGCACCCCACUAAAACAGUCUGCUGGGUAUCAGGUGGAACUUGUUAUACAGCUUGUAUGGGUCGGUGGGGAGCCUCCCCAACAGAUAACCAGUUUGGCGGUUAAUUCUUCCUAUGGCCUAGUAGUUUUUGGUAACUGUAACGGCAUUGCAAUGGUUGACUAUAUCCAGAAAACUGUCCUCUUGAACCUUGGUACCAUUGAGUUAUAUGGCUCCAACGACCCCUACCAGAGACAACCACGUUCACCACGCAAAACACGGCAACCCUCAGGAGCUGGCCUUUGCGACAUAAAUGAAAGCACCGUAGCAUCUGAGGAUCGGUGCAAGUCUCCCACUUCAGGUUGUGCCUCUUCCACAUCUUCAGAUGAUGAACAGUCAAUGAAUAAAUUUAUAGAAAAGGUGAAGAUCAAGGGCAGAAAGUUUUCCAAGGCGGUAGUCACUGAUCUAGCGAAGAUGUCAAGGAAGUUAAGCCUACCUACAGAAUUAAAGCCUGAAUUAGAUGUUAGAGAUAAUUCCUGCACUCGCUCCCGGAGUUCCAGUGUGACAAGUAUUGACAAGGAAUCGCGAGAGGCAAUAUCUGCUCUACAUUUCUGUGAAACAUUCACCAGGAAACCCGAUUUAUCAACUUCUCCAUGUUUAUGGGUGGGAACUACGCUAGGUACUGUGCUAGUCAUUGUGUUGAACCUGCCACCUGCUGGAGAACAGAGACUUCUACAGCCUGUUAUUGUAUCUCCAAGUGGAACAAUUCUACGGUUAAAAGGGGCAAUCUUAAGAAUGGCUUUUCUGGACACUGUAGGAGCUAUAAUUCCACCAGCAUAUGAAUCCUGGAGGGAACCUAAUGUUCCUGAAGAUAAGGAUGAUAAGGAGCGAUUGAAAAAACGGAGGCCAGUUUCAGUCUCCCCCUCCUCAUCUCAGGAAAUCAGUGAAAAUCAAUAUGCAGUGAUAUGUUCUGAAAAGCAAGCAAAGGUGAUCUCAUUGCCCUCCCAGAACUGCAUUCAUAAACACAACAUCACAGAGACUUCUUUUGUCCUCAGAGGAGAUAUAGUGUCAUUGAGUAAUAGCACCUGCCUUGCAUGUUUCUGUGCCAAUGGACACAUUAUGACUUUUAGUUUGCCAAGUUUAAGGCCGCUGUUGGAUGUAAAUUACUUGCCACUUACCAACAUGCGGAUAGCCCGAACAUUCUGCUUCACGAACAAUGGGCAGGCAUUAUAUCUUGUUUCACCUACAGAAAUACAAAGAAUUACCUACAGUCAAGAGACCUGCGAGAAUCUACAGGAAAUGCUAGGAGAACUUUUCACUCCAGUGGAAACACCAGAAGCUCCUAAUAGAGGGUUCUUCAAAGGCUUGUUUGGGGGAGGUGCUCAAUCACUUGAUCGAGAGGAUCUCUUUGGAGAAACAGCAUCUGGGAAGCCAUCAAGGAGUCUUGCACAGCAUAUUCCUGGACCUGGAGGUAUUGAAGGUGUUAAAGGAGCUGCGUCAGGUGUAGUUGGAGAACUAGCGAGGGCACGAUGGGCCUUGGACGAAAGAGGACAGAAAAUAGGGGAGCUAGAGGAUAGGACAGCUGCCAUGCUUGCAAGUGCAGAUUCCUUCUCAAAACACGCUCAUGAGAUGAUGAUAAAGUACAAAGAUAAGAAAUGGUAUCAAUUCUGAUGAACCAGUCCAAAUACAUCUGUUUAUCUUCAUCAGGACUGAAGAUUUUAAAUAAAAAUGCAUCCAUUUUCUCUUCAUUUUUUUUCUGCAGGACAGUUGGGAACAAGGGGGGGUGAACAUUUUUCUUUGGUUUCUAUUUCCUAGCACAAAUCAUAUACUGUCUUACCUCAGUCUUGUGGCUUUAACUGAGGAGCAUACCAUUAAAAACAAAACGAGAAAACAAAAAAAAAAACACUCAGUAUUUGUCUUUGAGCUGUGAUAAGAGGAUGGAAAGAGCAAGGCAGCAUAUUGGAGAAAAAUGAAAGAAAAUCAAAUUUCAGGAGCAAAGAGGGAAAACCUUUUUUUUUUUGUUUGUUUGUUUUUUUAUUAUGUUACAAUUUCAACAUUUGUGUGCUUUCGUGUUUGUUACGGGUGUUUAACUUUUCCGGAACUGAGAAGUUGAAAGUUACAAUCGAUUUACUAUCAUUCAUAUCCCUUCAUCAAAAUAAAAAUGAAUUGGCUUUUAUAGCUGCUCAUCUAGUAGGGCAGCAAACUAGACUCAAUGCACAAAACAAAAUGGAAAUACUGGAGCGUUCAUCGUUACUCCUAAUUGCAUCAGUGAAGAAGACACUCCUUUUUUUUUUUGUAUAUUCGGAUAUUUAUAAAAACGUAGAAUUUGAUGGCAGAUAAUCACUUUGCCCUUCUAGUCUAUAUUCCUGAUAAGAUCUACACCAGAGUGGUAAAAUCUCGUUAACUGAUGAGGCUUAUGCGCUGUUCCAUACAGAAAAAAAGAAAUAGGUUUCUUCGGUUGUCACAUUUAAUUUGCACAUAUGCCUUUGAAAAUAUUGUAAAGUAAAAUGCAUAAAGUAAAAUACUUAUUUAACAACACGCCAUCCUUCAUAUGAAUUAAAAAAAAAACAAUAUUUUUUUUAUAUACCAAA